CUCAAACUCCCGAUCAAGUGUCGAUUCCAUCUUUCACAUCCUACACCUACUCUCUCCCUGCUCCUUUCCUUCUCCUCCCAUCCUUCAAGACCACCUCAGACCCACACCCUCCAAAACAAUGUCUUUCAGGGCUGCUCUGCGUCCUGUCGGGGCUCGAACUCUCAGGGCUUCCUCACUGAAGGUUGCCGGUGUUCAGGCUCGAUUCUUGGAGACUUCGGCUGCCGCUUCGUCCUUAGUUGGCGAGCUUCCCGAGGGAGGUUCAGAGCCUUUCACCGUCAAGCUCUCUAACGACACUUUCCAUUCGUACCGAUGUGACCCCCCUUCGCUCGAGGUCACUACGACCAAGGACAAUAUGGUCGAGCUUUACUCGCAGAUGACAUUGAUGAGGCGUAUGGAGCAGGCUUGUGACGCUUUGUACAAGGCCAAGAUGAUUCGAGGUUUCUGCCACUUGGCUAUCGGUCAGGAAGCCGUCGCUGUCGGUAUGGAGAGUGCCAUCAACGCCGACGACCGAAUCAUCACCUCGUACCGAUGCCACCCCUUCGCCGUCCUCCGUGGCGGUACCGUCAAGGGAGUCAUCGCCGAGCUUUUGGGACGAGAGGCCGGAAUGUCCAAGGGAAAGGGAGGAUCGAUGCACAUCUUCACCCCCUCGUUCUUUGGAGGUAACGGAAUCGUCGGUGCCCAGGUUCCCGUAGGAGCCGGUAUCGCCUUUGCCCAAAAGUACUUGGGCAACAGCACCGUCACUUUCGCCAUGUACGGAGACGGAGCUUCCAACCAGGGUCAGGUGUUCGAGGCUUACAACAUGGCCAAGCUGUGGAACCUGCCCUGCGUGUUUGUCUGUGAGAACAACAAGUACGGUAUGGGUACCUCGGCCGAGAGGUCUUCCCAAAACACCAACUUCUUCACCCGAGGUGACCAGAUUCCCGGUAUCCAGGCCAACGGUAUGGACGUUCUUUCCGUCCACCAGGCGUGCAAGUUUGCCAAGGAGUGGACCACCUCAGGUAAGGGACCUUUGGUCCUCGAGUUUGUCACCUACCGAUACGGUGGUCACUCGAUGUCGGACCCCGGUACCACCUACCGAACCCGAGAGGAGAUCCAGAGGAUGAGGUCGACCCAGGAUGCCAUCAACGGUAUCAAGACCUACCUGAGCGAGUGGGGCGUGCUCGACGACAAGGAGUUGAAGAACAUUGACAAGAAGGCCAAGGCCGAAGUCGAGCAGGCCGUCACCGAGGCCAAGGAGAGCAAGCCUCCCGGUCUCGACAAGUUCUGGGAGGACGUGUACUACAAGGGUACCGAGCCGGCGUUCCUCCGAGGAAGGACUCAGGACGAGAUGAAGUACUUCUAGACGGGACGAUUUUGGUCGAUAGAGAGGGGCACGCGCACGAGAUUGCAAGCCAAGUCGGAGUGAUCAAUAGACCGAAGUGUCUGAUAGUCUGGGCGAGCUGAGCAGUUCGGGAGCGCGUGAGGGUGUAUUAUUCCAUCCGGUGUAGAGUUUUUCUCGUUUGGGCGAUAUCAUACGGUCUUUUCUGAUGUCUGAGCCGUGCGAUGCUUUUCGGGCAAUGGACUUUCAAGUAUGCAUGUCACUAUGAGAAGUCUGUCUCAAGGAAA